AUGUGGUUCCCAUCGCUCCUGUUGCUGUAUUUUUGAGAGGGUAACGGAGGAACUAGACUGCUGCGACUCAAAUGAAUCGGAUGGGUUUUGUUAAUGUGUUGAUAUUUAGCCAUUAGACUAUAGUUUGUUGCUCGAUAACGCUCUGCAUGGGCAACCGCUUGGUCACUGACAAGCGCUUUAGCUGCUUUUGUUCAGAGCUCAAAGUAAUUUGGGGAUUCAGUCCCAGUAACGGGUGCUCCUGACAGGUGCGCACAGUGCGCAGAGAGGAUGGGCAGACGUGAGGCACACAGCAGAGGCGCAAUGAACACAAGCGACCGCUCCGAGCUCGGUUGUCUGCGGAACGCGACAUCCAGCGGCCACCGUGCCGGUGAGGAGUCCCCGAGACUGGGCAGCCGCCGUCCCUGCAGCGCGGAUAAGUGGCAGAGGAACUCAGACACGGAGAGGGUGGGCCCGGCACCGACUGCCACAGCACCGAUGGAAGUGAAGAAGCACCAGCACAAACACAACUUGAAACACCGCUACGAGGUGAUGGAGACUCUGGGGAAAGGCACCUAUGGCAAAGUGAAGAAGGCGGUAGAAAGAGCAAGCCUGAAGACGGUGGCGAUCAAGUCGAUCCGCAAAGAGCGCAUCACUGAUGACCUGGACAGAAUUCACAUCCAGAGAGAGAUUGAGAUCACCGCCUCGCUCAGGCACUCCAACAUCAUACGAUUCUACGAGGUAUUUGAGAGUCGGGAUAAGAUUGUGAUAGUGAUGGAGUAUGCCAGCAGGGGAGAGCUGUACGAUUACAUCCAGGAGAGGGGGAGAUUGCCUGAAACAGAGGCCAGAGGCAUCUUCCGACAAAUCACAUCUGCUGUCCACUUCUGCCACAAGAACGGUGUUGUGCAUCGAGACCUCAAGCUGGAGAACAUCCUUUUAGAUCAAGAUUUCAGUGUUAAGCUGGCGGACUUCGGUCUUUCCAAUCAUUUCCGGAGGAGCACUCUGCUGCAGACGUACUGUGGAAGUCCACUCUACGCUGCCCCGGAGAUAGUGAAAGGACUGCCCUACCAGGGGCCAGAGGUGGACUGCUGGGCGCUGGGGGUGUUGCUGUAUGCCCUGGUGUACAGCAGCAUGCCAUUCGAUGGGGCCAGCCACACCACACUCACAGAGCAGAUCAGUCAAGGUCGCUACCGCAGACCCAACCCCCCCUCAGACGCCUGUGCUCUUAUCGACUGGUUGUUGACAGUGCGUGUGGACGAGAGGGCAACGAUAGAGGACGUGGCCAACCACUGGUGGGUGAACUGGGGUUUUGAAGAGAGUGUGUGUGACUGCCCUUCAUCUCCACACCAAGAAUGCCCCUCCCCCCUGCUGGCUCGCUACAUCGACUGGCAGAACCGGGUCGCAGCUACCAGCAACAUGACCGUUGACCCAGGGUGCCUAUCCUCGGACUCCUCCCGUCCAGCCCAGCUCUCUCCCCACCCCUUUUACUUCAGCUUACCUCUGAAGAGCGAUCAUGCAGGAGGAGGAGGAGGCGGAGGAGGAAGGGCACAUGGAGGAAUGUCAAGUCUGAGGAAGUCACGCAAGGAGAAUACAAUUCCCCAGACCGCACUGGGAGCUUGUGGUGGUGCCUCCUCUGCUGCGAUUUCCUCCACUUCCACCAUUGAAAGAAAGAAACCCAAAGGUAUUCUGAAACCCCACAGGAGUUUUGACUCAGUCUUUCAUAGCCCUCCCAAAGAAAACUCUUCCUCCCAAUCGUGUAACGCUGCUCCCCAGCCUUUUCGAACACAUACACUUACCCACACACACGCUGAUGUCCUGUCCACCAGCCUUCCAUCUCCCUCUACAUUCCGUCAGCCCUCAUCCAAAAUGCCCAAGAAGGGAAUACUGAAGAACUUGUAUGGAGGGGAGUCGGGUUAUGGCUCAUCUUCAGACAGAAGGAAUCCUGGAUCAGAAGUUAAAGAGGGGGGUGAUGCAGCUGAUUUGUGCUCCAACAAACCGCACACUUGUCUCCCAGCGGCAGAAGACAGCCCUACCAUGCACACAGAGGCGGUAAGAAGGAGGAAGGGGAUUCUGAAACGUAACGGCAAGUUCUCUCGCAGUCUGGAUCUUCCUAAUGACCACCGCUCAGCCCACACAAUAUUCCCUGAGGCUCUGCAGCAGCUCCUCCAGGCUACAGGAGGCGCCGAGGAGCGCCACAGCCGCCCCUCCAGUGUGGUGAGCGAGGAUAGCCUCUUCUCCUCUGACUCUUUUGACCUACUAGACCUCAGCACCCAAUCAAGGCGCAGGAUUUUCUGCCAGCGGAUGCAGCACAGCGCCUGUAGCUCUGAGGAGGACCUGGAGCAGCUGAGCUUUGAGGCAGACAGAGUUGGUGAAGAUGGAGAAGGAUAGAAGCAAAUGCUCACAUAAACCUAAGGAACAAUGGAGAAUUGGGUUGAUUGAACACCAGUUCUUUAUUUCACUUUUCUGUGACAAUCUGUGACAAUUCUGUGCCUGUCAUCUUGAAAAGACUUCAAUGAACUCUGAAAAGGUUGCAUCUUGAGAACAAGGACUACCAUGCAUUACACUGUCAAUGUUAGGAACAAUUUCUUGGCAUAUAUGUCCAUAUUGAAUGAUAAAUUAAACUUGUUAUUGAAUACAAUAUAUAUUGUAUUCUGAAUGUGAGGCAAUGCAAAAAGUGACACCUAAAGGUGAUCCAGUGUCAGCCAAAUUUCAGAGAUGGGACCUGGAUGUGGAAGAAUGGACAGUCUAUUUAAUAAACUCACUCUGACCUUACCUGCACCUGCAAUAGAUCCGCUUCUUAGAUUUUACAGCAGAUUUCUGUUCAGAUGUAGGCUUGGGCCGGUAUGAGAUACUGACGGUAUGAUAACCGUCAUCAAAAAUAUCACGGUUUCACGGUAUUGUAGUUACAGCUAUAAAUGUAAAAUGUAAAAAACAAACUUUUUUUCCAUUGAAUACAAUGUAUUUUAUUUUGAAACACACUGCACACUGUCAGGGAGAACUUCUAAACGGUUUAGAAAAAAACAGCGCAUACCUUAGGAACGGUAUGAUAAAUUUUAGUGGUUUUGAAACCGUGACUUUUUCAAACCGUGGUAUACCUUGAAACCAGUAACCGGCCCAUGCCUAUUCAGAUGAGCCUGGAAAAUCUGAGUCUGGAUGCUGCCAUCUGGUAAAGUUAACACUGCAGGUUUUUGGAAGUGAUGAGAAGUAUAACCAAGUACCAUCUUAAAUAUGUGAAUCCAUUAUUAGUAUAGCGUAUCAUUCAGCUGAGGUGGAAAAGUCGGUGUAUCGACAAAAGCUAAAUGCGACAAAUGAACAUAUCUGUGUGGACUGAUGAAAAGACAAACUUUUCUCAAACUAACGCAUAAAAACAAACAUAAAUGCCAGAUUUCAUUGCUUUCCACCAUUUGAGGUUUUGACCAGCAUUCUUUUAACUAUGUAAUCUUUUUGCGCCCUCUUCUUCUGCAAUGGUUUUGAUGGCACUUUUAACUGUUUAUCUUGAUGUUCGCAAUUCCUAAUAUUCAUGUAAUGGGAGGUAAAUGCACAUUAACUUGCAUUUUGUUUUGCCAAUUUUCUGGAAAUCUGGUUAAAGUUUGCAGUUAAGUUUACAUUUAACAAAUGGGUUAUAAGACACUAUCAUGUAGUUGCAAGCAGAUGUUUGGACAUCAUUAUGUGUUGCACACUAGAGGAGUUAUUGUUGCUGACUAUACAUUAAUAAAUGCUUAAAAUUGUGUGUUGUAAACAUUUAUCAAAUGUUUAUAUACUGCUUAUAACUGGGGGAGAAAUAGGGGGAGUUAAAGUUAAGCAUUAACUAUUUCAUCACAUUAUUGAGUAUAUUUGUACUUAACAGUAAUGUACUGUGCACAUUUUGCCUCUUUUGCACCAACAGACACAGUGUGAAUAGCAGAUGGAUCACAUUGCUUUUUAUCGUAAAACACAACCAGUGCUGCUGUGGACAUACAUAAAUAUAUGCAGUAGAUGUAUGCACUUUUAAAGCUGUAAUUUCAUAUUGUGAGAAAAUAAUUCUGUUCAUUUAGUUCAAGCACUUCAUACCUUGUUUGUUUUUGGUUUGUGUG